GCGGCCGUGUGGUGGCGACCGAGUCGCUCUAGUGAGCUUCUUGGAACAAAAAGCGCGAGUAAGUUCGGCUUCUGCCUGUCUGUGCUUUCGCCUAGCAGCAAAAAACCACCGGUGGAUUUUUUGUCUUUUUUUGGCCGCUCCACCAGUCCGUGCCGAGGGACGUUGACAGGCCGCCGGACGAGAUGACCGGGAUGGCUUGUAUUUGCUAGCAAUAAGACACGUAAGAAGAACUAAAUGCUCCGCACCAAAGAUGUGGUAUUAUGCUGGCGGCAAAUUCGCUAAAGUGUGUACCUGGCGAGCUUGCGGCGGCAGGUGGCAAACUAGCCAGGAAGUAGCAUCUAUGCAAGAUCUUCGCAGAGCCGCAUUAGAAGUUCAACAAGUUCUAGUGCUUCUUUUUUCCAUACCAGAACAACGCCGUCUCUCUGCUACUUGGCGGUGUACUCCGAAGCAACGAGCUAGCUUGCAAUACAAUAGCAACGAGAUGGAUGGAGAGAGGGAGAGCAUCAAAGCUUUUCGGCAAUGGUUCGGAACAGUAGCUGGCCUGGCCUGGUCUGGUCUUGUGCGGUCCCGGCUCAAAAAAGGGAAGAUCAAAGACUAUCCUGGCAAAGAUGCCGAGCCGCGAAUGUUUAAUUGCCCUCGGGAUUUUUCCGUCGUUUUUCAAGAGCGAAAACUGUGUCUUGUUCUGCAGGACCCCUACACAAAAUGGGGAAAACACAUAUUGCAACUAGCAUGUACUCGUAAUGGCGCGGGAUGGAUACUGUCUUGAUGGGGUAUAUUAUGUGAAUAAUAGCUGUGCGAAUACUCGCAGCAGAGUAGAGGGAGGCUCCAUAGCGGAUGUUACCAUGGCUGUGUGCUCCGGACUGUUGAGGGCCUUGUUCGGUUCCUCGCAUAACAACCAUGUCAAUCCAGCGAGAGUGUGCAAAAAAAGACUC